AUGUUUCCACUCGACCUCUUAGAGGCUACCAUUGAGUUCCUCGCCAGCCAAGGGACACUUGAUGACCUUCGCCAAUGCGCCCUCGCCAACAAGCAGCUCGCUCGACUCUGCCAACGCCGGAUCUUCCACACGGUUGUGCUGGUUCAGAAGCCAGCGCCAAGAGCAGUUCCAUGGGACUCGGAGGAGCGGGUUUCGUUGCCUCCCCAUCCUAUCGAGCGAUUCGCGGAGGUGGUAAAGCAAAACCCCACCCUUGGGACGUACGUCCGGGAGUUGGAGAUCGAAAGUAUGCGCGACAGCAACGUCUCAAGGUGGAUUUUGGGAUACAGGACGACGACCAUGUCUGAGUACCUUAAAUCUCGGACUCUUCGAAAGACUCACGGUCGAUGGAUCUCAGAGAACUUCUCCGAAUGGACUUGUCGCGGCAACGUCCUCAGCAGACUUCCUCCUCCUUCUUUAAACACUCUUCGACGCAUUGCGCUGUUUAUCGACACUAUAGACACUCCAGAGCUUCCACCCUACGCCGAAUUUGUUCAUGAACUCACUCGACUACAAGGCGAAAACGUCCUGGAGGAGUUGAGUAUCUCCCUCAUGUGCCACUUCGACAGCGACCUAAAUCUGGACCCGAUCCGGUGGAAGGAACUUGGCGAUUUACUGUCGUUGGGAUUCCCUUCCCUUCGGAAGCUGACUCUCCAUGUGAAGGUGGGCAUAUUUGACGGUCCUUCGCCCUUUGAGGAAGCGGCACGGAAACACUGGGCGAUAUUGGAAAGGAUCCUCGAUGAAGGCUUCGCUUUGAUAGAUCCUAACGUCGAAUCGACUACGAGUGCCCAGUGUAGAGAAAUCUGA